AUGUACGCAUUGAAUGCCGUGGACGCAUUCCACAUAUCUGAAUCGAAAGAUACCUACGUUUACGACAUUGUUCCUCUUGCAGCCGGCCUCGCAGCAAUCUCCUCCGACGACAGCCUUCGGCUGCUUGAUCCGCUGACUUUGAGCGGCGCACCUAUAAAUUCGAUCCGGCGAGUCAACACAGAGGUUACUUGUUUGAAAGCUAUCAACAAUACGACGGAACGAGGUGCGUUGCUUGUCUGUACUGCAGGGAGGGAUGGAAGGGUCUGCUUGCUAGAUCCUAGGACUGCGGUCAAAAUCGGCGAGGUUAGAACCGAGCAGAAUGCUCCGGUUUUAUCUUUGGCAUUCUCACAUCCGUACGCUCUCGCGGCGGGAACAGAGUUGACCAAUCAUCAAGCUUCUAUUCUGAUAUGGGACAUGCGAAAUUUUGGCGACCCAGUUGUACAGUAUAUUGAGAGUCAUAGUGACGAUGUCACUGAACUCCAAUUCCAUCCCUCUCGGCCUCAAAUCCUGCUCUCAGGCUCAACGGAUGGCUUGGUGAAUAUUUACAAUACUACCAUCAUGGACGAGGAAGAAGCACUGCACCAGACCAUCAACCAUGGUGCAUCAAUCCACCACUCUAAUUUCCUCAGUGACGUUGACAUCUUUGCUCUGUCUCACGAUGAGAAGUUUUCCAUGUAUGAAUUGGUGAGAAAUCCUGAAGAAGGGGUUGAGGAACCUGCCCCAACUCACUUUGGAGAUAUGAGAGAGAAACUGGGAGGGGAAUACGUUGCAAAUGUUCUGAGGAGGCCGGAUGGUGGCUCAGUUAUUGGCGUCGGAACCCACAGCCGAGAAAAUUUCGAUUUGAUCCAAUUCAAGAAUAAUCCCCCUUGGUCUUUUGCGCUGGACUCAAAGGUCUCUCUGAGAGGCGCCCAUGGAUCUGAGAUCGUACGGUCUUUUUGCUUUUUAGAUUCUCAUCAAACUGUGUUGACUUGUGGAGAGGAUGGGCAGAUCAAAGCUUGGAGAGGGAAUUGA